AUGCAGGGGCUGCUGAUUUUGAGUGUGCUGCUGGGGGCUGCCCUCGGCAAAGAGGAUUUUGUGGGGCACCAGGUGCUCCGAAUCUCUGCCGCCGAUGAGGCCGAGGUGCAGACGGUGAAGGAGUUGGAGGACCUGGAGCACCUGCAGUUGGACUUCUGGAGGGGCCCUGCCCAGCCAGGCUCCCCCAUCGACGUCCGAGUGCCCUUCCCCAGCCUCCAGGCUGUUAAAGUCUUCCUGGAAGCCCAUGGCAUCAGAUACAGGAUCAUGAUCGAGGACGUGCAGUCGCUGCUAGAUGAGGAGCAGGAGCAGAUGUUCGCCUCCCAGAGCCGGGCCCGCAGCACCAACACAUUUAACUACGCCACCUACCACACCCUGGACGAGAUCUAUGACUUCAUGGACCUGCUGGUGGCCGAGCACCCACAGCUUGUCAGCAAGCUCCAGAUCGGCAGCAGCUAUGAAGGCCGUCCCAUCUAUGUGCUGAAGUUCAGCACUGGGGGAAGCAACCGUCCAGCCAUCUGGAUCGACUUAGGCAUCCAUUCCAGGGAGUGGAUCACCCAGGCCACUGGCGUCUGGUUUGCAAAGAAGUUCACAGACGACUAUGGCCAGGACCCGACUUUCACCGCCAUUCUUGACAGCAUGGACAUAUUCUUGGAGAUUGUCACCAACCCUGAUGGUUUUGUCUUCACCCACAGCCAGAAUCGAUUGUGGCGCAAGACUCGAUCUGUCACGUCGGGCUCCUCCUGCGUUGGGGUGGACGCCAACCGGAACUGGGACGCCGGCUUUGGGAAGGCAGGAGCCAGCAGCAACCCCUGCUCGGAGACUUACCGUGGCAAGUCUGCCAAUUCCGAAGUGGAGGUCAAGUCCAUCGUGGACUUUGUGAAAGACCAUGGGAACUUCAAGGCCUUCCUCUCCAUCCACAGCUACUCCCAGCUCCUCCUCUAUCCCUAUGGCUACACAACACAAUCAAUCCCUGACAAGAAUGAGCUGAAUCAGGUGGCUAAGUCUGCUGUUGAAUCCCUGAGCUCUCUGUAUGGGACCAGCUACAAGUAUGGCAGCAUCAUCACAACAAUUUACCAAGCCAGUGGAGGCAGCAUUGACUGGGCCUACAACCAAGGCAUCAAGUACUCCUUCACCUUUGAACUCCGGGACACAGGGCGCUAUGGUUUCCUGCUGCCAGCCUCCCAGAUCAUCCCCACAGCCCAGGAGACGUGGCUGGGGCUUCUGACCAUCAUGGAGCAUACGCUGAAUAAUGCUUACUGA